AUGCCUAUGGAAGCCGAGCCCGGAGACGACUACGUACGUCGUAUAGCGGAUUACAUCCGUACACACGGAGCCGGACUCGCUGCCGCGGCCCCCAUCCAACGACGGCGCGCGAGGACGGCCCCGUCGUCUGAGACCUCUGUCUUCAAUCCGCUAGGCUGGUUCGCCUCAGACCCCUCUGCUGCGGCGAACGUCAAGCCCGUCAUCCUUGGCUUCGAUCCCCACCACCUAUUCUACCUCCUUAUGCGCCUUGAAGCCCUGAGCUACAAUGUCGGGUCACUGGACAUCAAGGUGGACGACCCCGCGCGGCCGAUGAACUAUGUGGAGAUUCCUGUGCAUAGGGACAAGUCCGACGCCCUCUCCCUCACAUCUCUCCGCUCUUCACUCUCCGUCGUCUCGCGGCUGUCACUCGGCGGCGGCUGGUUUGGUCGUCCGCCACCACCUAGUCUUGACGCAGAGUUGAAGUUCAUCUUCAGCAGCUUCACCAUCCUCCCCGCCCUGUCUCUUCACGCCCCCGAACCUAAGAUCAUCUCCGAACUUGCGAACGAGCCUCCUAACGAGAACGCCCUGCCCCUCGAUGUGUUCAAGAACGUGCAAAACCUCCAGUGCGUCGAUAUUGACCCCCGGACGCUCCUGGGAUGGGAUCGCUUGGCGGAGGGCUUGCGAAGCUUAACGGUCAAGCGGAGUGGGAUGGAAGAUGUCUCGGACAUCUUCAUCGCGGCAGUAAAGGAGGACGAAGGGAGGAGAGAGGGCCGCGUGAGUUCCAUGAAGUCGAGGCGUUUCUCUCGAAGGGCGUCGCGCCAGUCGUCAUUCCACAGCACGCAGCUGCCCGAGGCUGUCAAGGAAGAGGAAGAAGACGACGAGCAGAUGGCCGAUGGAGAGCCUACCACACCCAAGGCCACUCCCCCUGCCCCUCUACCCUGGCGCAAGUGGGGCCAACUGCGACACCUAUCGCUUGCCGACAACUCCCUCACCUUUCUUCCGACAUCCUUUCUACCAUGCCUCACGUCCCUCACGCACUUCGACCUAUCUUCCAACCUGCUCGUUUCCGUUCCUCCCGGUCUGUCAUCCCUGUAUAAUCUGGUAUACCUCAAUCUCUCCGACAACAUGAUCGACUCCGUCUUGGGCAUAUACACUAUGCUCGGUGGAGUCACGACCCUCAUUCUCUCCCACAACCGACUAGAGUCUAUAUGCGGUCUCGAGCGGUUGUUCAACCUCGAGCGGGUGGACCUUCGGCACAAUUUCGUCGAGGAAAGCUCUGAAAUCGGACGACUCGCCGCGCUCCCCAACAUUGCCGACGUAUCGAUCGAGGGUAAUCCACUCGUGGAAAUCGAGGACGACUACCGAAUACGCUGCUUCGACUACUUUGCAAAGGAGAAGAAGAACGUCCUGCUCGACGGGUCUCCCCCCGGUUUCUACGAGAAACGGUUCCUUACCUCGCCUCCAUCUGAGCAGAUGUCAUCCUCGCGACCGUCGUCAGUUGCGUACUCCCCCCCUGUUGUCGCCGUCGGGAGCCCUUCGAAGAUCAAUGGGGCGCCCACCUCUUCACCCCAGGCCGCUUCGAGCUCCCCGGGGUCUUCGCACCCAGGGUCUCCUCAUCUGGCUCCAGGCCCUGUUCGCGGACGGAAGAAGCGCAACAAGCGUAUUGUCGACCUCGACGGUGGUAACGGUGGCAGCGAUGCCGCAAGUGUUAUCAGCUCGCGGCCUUCGCGCACUGUCAGUCCGACGAAGAAAUCCACUAUCGCGCCGUCCGAGCCGCCCUCGUUGCCCGUGUCCGCACCCACCCAGAUCCCUCUAGCUUUCUCCCCACGGUCACCCCUGCCGAGUUCAUUCGCAGCCCACACCCCGCAGCCCACGGCCAUCUUGAAGCCCAAAUCGCGUCACAGCCGGCACAUGACAGAGCUCGCCCCCUCAUCCCACAGCCCCUCGCCAUCAGACGCGCCGUCGUUCUCACCGACGUCACCUACGAACGUCCGCUCAGUCGCGCAGCGCAAGUCAUCGACACUGUCGCGUGCUCAGGCGCGGCGCGCACGAGUUACCGCGUCCGUGUACGAACCGAGUACGCCCGGGAUGGAGGAGGACGGGAUGGAGAACGGGUUCCGUGAGGCGGACGCGUUCCGUGCGCGCAUCGAAGCGCUUCGCUCCGAUAUGGGCGAAGGUUGGUUGAAGGUGCUCAACCAAUCGCACCUCGGGUCACCCCCAGCAGGUCGCCCGGCGUCGCCUCUAUCGCACAGCUAG